UGAUGAUGAUGAUGCUGAUGAUGAUGGUCGCGCCUCCUCACCACGAGGUGCCGAUCGCGGCCCUCGAGACGGCGGCCGCCCCCGACGACGACAUGGCCCACGACUCCGUGGAGGACGACGCCAUGGCCCACGACUCCGUGGAGGACGAGGACUCCAGCGAUGAUUUCGAGCAGAAGCUCAACCAGCUUGGCGUGCCGAAGAACGACCUUCAGGCCAAGUCGGUCAAGAUCUCCGACUGGCAGGACGUGCUUGCGAUGGGCAAGCCGCAGAUGAUGAACUACCAGGUCGCCGUCGAGACCAUGUCGAACAUGUACCUCGCCUCGACGGGCCUCGUGGAGAAGCUCCAGCAGGACAUCAAGAAGGCUGCGAACAAGGUCAAGAAGGACCAGCUCGAGAAGGCCAAGAAGGUGCUCGCGGACGUCCGCAAGAACCGCGACGUGCUCGGGGACUUGAAGACAGAGGAGAGCCCGUCGCUGGUGGGGAUGCAGAAGGCCUGCAACAACAUGUACAAUGCGUUCGCUGCCGUGAAGCAGCUGAAGAUAAUUUCGUAG